GAAGAAGAACCUCUCAAAUUUUGUAACUUUGAACCCUCUUCUCUUCAAUCUUCAACUAAAAGUUCGAGAAAAUGGAAUCUCAGAUUCAAUGUAUUCUCCCUGUAAGUUUCUCUGCAUGAUUCGUUUUCUAUUUUCGACUGUAAUCUUGAAUCGAGAUUCUAUUAUUGGUAGGGUUUGGAUAGUUGCCUUUCUUUUGUAAAUUAUUGAAACCCUAAACAACGGAGAAGCUGAAGGAACUCAAGAACUCUUAAUUCUAUCCACAAUAGACUAAUAAUUAGAAUCCAAAUGACGUUAUCACUCAGCGCUACAAAUUCCUUCUUGAAAUUGGUUCUUAGUCGAAUCCCAAAGAAUGGUAAUCGUUUCGUUCAUUUCUCUGCAUUCUCAGGUCCAAUGCAAUGUGUUGUUUCUUAUCCAAUACAAAGACAGACCUGCAAUAUUUUUCAGCGAUUUAGAAUAUCAUUAUACCGUGACAAUCGUACCUUGUCCAUUACCAGUAUAAAUAGUAAUGAUUCAUCAAUUUCUAGUAGUAAUAAUGAAUCCAUGAAUGGAGCCAGAGAAUUCCUAGGUUUGACUGACGAUCGAUUGAUGGACCAAUGCGAGAUGGAUACAUACAAGUCAUCUGGUCCAGGUGGUCAGCAUAGAAACAAGCGAGAAACUAGUGUUCGUUUAAAGCAUCUUCCAACCGGUAUAAUCAGCCAGGCUUCAGAAGAGAGAUCACAACACAAGAAUAGGACAAUGGCUUUAGUUCGUUUGAGAACACUUUUAGCUCUUAAAGUACGAAAUCCAAUUGAUCUUGAUACAUAUUCACCUCCUAUGGAACUCCUUCAAAUUCUCCCUACAAAAUCAACCAUAAGAGGACGUGAGUGUGGGUCACAAAUAGGGCCUAAUAAUUCUAAAUUUGCUUUGGGGAUACAAGCUUUGCUUGACCUGAUGUUUGCUGUCGACGGUUCAGUUUCAGAUGCUGCUAAGCGGCUAGGUUUGAGUACUGGGGCUUUGUCAAGGUUAAUAUUAUCUGAUGAUUCUCUUAGAGCGGCUGCAAAUGAGAUUAGAGCAUCCAAAGGUCUGAAACCCCUCAAAUAGAAACUUGUCUAAUGGAUAAGUUUUUUCUGAAGAUAAUAACAGCACUAAAGGAUCAAUCUUUAAGUCAAAGUUCUUCUGAUCUAUUUCCUUACAUCAGAUAUGAACAUAACCAUGAUCUUGAAUAAGGAAAUGUUGGCUUGAAUAUUGUUCCUGAGUUACUGUGAAUUGCUGCAUUUUUUCAACAUCUCGUCUUUUCUUCAAUUAGAAAACUUAAUUUUACCUUUCAACUUUUGUAUAUCUAUUGCUAUAUUUAUUCAAUUAGAAUACUUUAUUACUAUUAGAUCUGCUGAAAGUGUUUUGUUC